GGCGCCCCCCGGGGCCGCCCGGAGGCGGGUCCUGCGGCCGGGCCCUGCCCCUCCUGAGGCAGCGGAGCCGCCGCUGCCGAGAGGGGGGAGCCGCUGCCGCGGCACGGGGCGGAGCCGGCACCAGGGCAUCCUGCCUCCCGCCCGCCCGGCGCGCCGGCCGGCAUCGCCGCGGCGGGCAGCGAGGCGGAGGGUGCUGGCAGUGCCGGCAGGGAGCGGCGGAGCGCCGCCGCGGGGUGCGCGAAGAUGCUGUCCUACAGCGUGCUGGACGCCAACGUGGUGGACGUGGAGAAGCGGAGGAACCCCUCGAAGCACUACGUCUAUAUCAUCAACGUAACAUGGUCUGACCUGACUUCCCAGAUCAUCUACCGGAGAUACAGCAAGUUCUUUGACCUGCAGAUGCAGCUUCUGGACAAGUUCCCUAUUGAAGGAGGCCAGAAAGAUCCCAAGCAAAGAAUCAUCCCUUUUCUACCAGGCAAGAUCCUGUUCCGGAGGAGCCAUGUCCGAGACGUAGCUGUGAAGAGGCUGAAGCCCAUCGAUGAGUACUGCAGGGCACUGGUCCGUCUUCCUCCUCACAUUUCACAGUGCGAUGAAGUCUUCAGGUUCUUCGAGGCUCGCCCAGAAGACCUUAACCCUCCAAAAGAGGACUAUGGAUCUUCAAAGAGAAAAUCAGUUUGGAUGUCCAGUUUGUCUGAGACUCCAAAAAAGAGUGUCACUCCAGGUGCUGAUGCUAGCUCUGAACCCAUGAUCCUGGAGCAAUAUGUGGUGGUGUCCAACUAUGAGAAACAGGAGAACUCUGAGAUCAGCCUCCAGGCUGGAGAGGUCGUGGAUGUCAUAGAGAAAAACGAAAGCGGUUGGUGGUUUGUGAGCACAGCAGAGGAGCAGGGCUGGGUCCCUGCUACAUACCUGGAAUCCCAAAAUGGAACCAGAGAUGACUCUGACAUCAACACAUCCAAACUUGGGGAAGAAGAGAAAUAUGUCACUAUCCAGCCGUACGCCAGCCAGGGGAAGGAUGAGAUUGGGUUCGAGAAAGGGGUCACCGUGGAGGUCAUCCAAAAGAACCUGGAAGGAUGGUGGUACAUAAGGUAUCUAGGCAAAGAGGGCUGGGCCCCAGCUUCGUAUCUGAAGAAGGCUAAAGAUGAUCUUCCAUCUAGGAAAAAGAACUUAACUGGGCCAGUGGAAAUCAUAGGAAACAUCAUGGAGAUCAGUAACCUGCUGAACAAGAAAUCAUCCACUGACAAGGAAACUCAAGCAGAAAAUGAGACUGCAGAAACUCAUAUCACCAAGAAGGAAAUCAGCUUGCCCAUCCUGUGCAAUGACUCUAAUGGCAAUACCAUGAUGACCCCAGACAAGCAGAUUUCCAAACUGGCCCAGGGAUCCCCAGCCAUAGCAAGGAUAGCACCUCAGAGAGCUCAAAUAAGUUCUCCAAAUUUAAGAACAAGGCCGCCACCACGAAGAGAAUCCAGUCUGGGUUUUCAGUUGCCUAAACCACCAGAGCCACCCUCUGUGGAAGUGGAAUACUACACCAUUGCAGAGUUCCAGUCAUGUAUCUCUGAUGGCAUAAGCUUUCGUGGAGGACAAAAAGCAGAGGUUAUAGAAAAGAAUUCUGGUGGCUGGUGGUACGUGCAGAUUGGAGAGAAGGAGGGAUGGGCUCCAGCAUCUUACAUUGACAAAAGGAAGAAGCCAAAUUUAAACAGAAGAACCAGUACUUUAACCCGCCCAAAAGUUCCUCCCCCAGCACCUCCCAGUAAACCAAAAGACUCUGAAGAAGGAACAACUCCUGGAACAGUUUCUUCAGGAGAUACCCAGGACUCUCCCCACAAGCUGAAAUAUGAAGAACCUGAGUAUGAUGUGCCUGCCUUUGGCUUUGACUCAGAGUGUGAAGUGAGUGAAAGUCAUCGUGAAGAGGGCACUCUUGAAAAACGACUGUUUCAGCCCCUCAAGCCCUCUCCUGUGUCAUCACUUCAGAAAGCAAAGUUCAAAGUAGGAGAGUCUUCAGAAGAAGUUGCUCACGAAGAAGAGACCAUCUAUGAGAAUGAGGGAUUUAGACGUUAUGUGGAAGAUGCUUCGUCCAAUAAGGAAUCUAGUGGAGACUCUGAUUCUCAGAAAAGUUCCUCUCUCUCCUUGAUCCAAAGGAAUUCUCCAUCUUCCAGCUCUCCUAAAUCAUCACUUGUGAAGCUCAAGAUGGACAAAAACAUCCAGCCUGAUCUUGGAAAAUGCCAUUAUUCCAGGAGUGAAGAGACAAAACCAAGGUCAGCUUCAGAUGUUGGUUUACGUAGUGUACCAAGGACAGGCAUGAAGAAGGAGCCUGGGCAGAGUCCUUCCAUUAGAGCAAAGCCAAUUGUUAGGCCCAAACCCUUCCUGAACAAGGCAGACUCUCAGAGCCAAGAAAAGAUGGAUAUCAGCACUUUAAGGCGACAGCUGAGGCCAACUGGGCAACUCAGAGGUGGACUUAAAGGUUCUAGAAGUGAAGAGUCUGAGAGCCCCCCCCAUACAGCUUCUGAGAACCAAGAGGAUCCUGUUAGGAGGAGCUCGGCUGAUAUCAUUACAGCUCCUUCCCGUGGCAUUUUCUGCUCUAGCCAUCCAGCCAAAACUGAGCAAGAAAAUGACUCCAGAUGUUUCUAUGUGACCACUGACUCAUACCAAAAGGUACAGGAUUCUGAAAUUUGCUUCCCAGCAGGAGUAGAAGUGGAAGUGCUGGAAAAGCAAGCCAGUGGAUGGUGGUACCUGAAAUAUGGAGACAUGGAAGGCUGGGCUCCUUCCCAUUAUUUGGCUCUCCCUGAUAACCAGCGGGAAACCACAUCAGCAGAGACUGAUGCCUCAUUUGCCAGGAACAGGAAAAACGAAAACAAGUCAAACAGUUUAGAGAAGAUAGAGAAGAGGGUUCAGGCUUUGAACACCAUCAACCAGAGCAAGCGUUCAACACCACCCAUCCCAAGCAAACCUCCUGGUGGUUUUUCAAAGCCAUCAGGGCCAGUCAAAAUGAGGAAUGGUGUGAGGCAACUUGCCGUCCGGCCGCAGUCAGUGUUUGUGUCUCCACCACCAAAGGAUAACAACCUGUCAUGCUCCUUGCGCAGAAAUGAAUCUUUAACAGCUACGGAUCAUCUUAGGAGUGUCCGUCGGAAUUCCUCCUUUAGCAAUGCAUGGUCACAGCCUGGUGAUGCAAAGGGAAAACAGCCUGAGCGGUCAGGUACAGAGAGCUCAGAGACCACCUCCAACCUCUCUACCCAGAGGAAUGGGAUUCCUGUGUCCACAGUCAGGCCAAAGCCCAUUGAGAAAUCCCAGUUCAUCCACAACAAUCUCAAGGACAUCUAUGUUUCCAUUGCAGACUAUGAAGGGGAUGAGGAGACUGCAGGGUUUCAAGAAGGUGUCUGCAUGGAGGUCCUCGAAAGGAACCCAAAUGGCUGGUGGUACUGCCAGAUCAUGAAUGGUGUGAAGCCAUUCAAAGGCUGGGUGCCCUCAAAUUACUUGGAGAAAAAGAACUAAUAUUGCAAUAUCUUUAACCUCCCUAAUUUAUACUGUUCCUGCUGUGUACAUGUGGAAAACAAAAAAAACAAUUGCUACACAAAAAGACGUUUCCCUGUGCUCCAGUUUGUACAAAGGGACAAAGAAGUCUAUGCUGAGGACAAACCUGCUGUGUUCUGGAGAGGUUUGUGGGAUUAAUAUGUUGUAAACAGCUAUGAGGAAGAUGCAGCAUAGUCAAAUGCCUUUUUGUGAAGUUGUUAAUAAUCUUGUAUGUGUAACAGGGUAUGAUAUCCCAUCUUUCCCAUUAUUGAUAGGAAACCAAAUGUGUGCCUUUUGUGAGAGAGAAAUACACAUGCAUCUACUUGGGGAGUUUUGUGCCAAACUCUGUUUUACAAUCUUGGCUCCCUUUCUCCUCAUUCUUGUCCAUACAUGGGUUACCCAAGAGUUCUGGAUGCAUUUCCACAACUUACAGUGAGAAGCAAAUGGAAGUUUCUGAAACACAGAGGGACUCUAAUCCUUUGGAGAUGUUCACUUCUUCUUUUUUUACUGUUCUCAACAGUUGGUUGGUCCAGAGUUGGAGCCUUUUCGCCUUGAAGAGAUUUGGUCUCUUGACUUCAGCUGUGUUUUGUUGUUACUGCUAAGUCACCGGAAAAGGCAAUCAGGUGGUGUUGGUUGGGGGCAUUUUGUUUCCUUUUGUUCUGUCUCGUUCUUUGAGUUGGGAUUUCAGGUGUUCUAGGGCAGCGAUGCCUACUGGUGCUUGUAAAAACAAACCUACAAACCCCGUGCUUAAGCAUGUUGAUUACUUUGUAGACUCCAUAUUUAGUUCUGCGCCUGACUCCUGCCAGGUGAUCCUGGUUGAUUCUCUUCUCAGAGUUGGGUUUCUCAAAACUUGUCAUAAUAUGAAAAUGUACAAAAGUCCCUUAAGACACUAAAGACAAAGCUGUCGAAUGUGUUACUUCUCGUUUUUGUGAUCUGGUCUGAAUUCAAGCGUGCCGACUGCUGGCAGGGCCCACCAAGGUAUUAGUUAGAAAUAACCAUAACCUUCUGCAACAUCAGUGUUUACAAUGCGGGGUGGGGGAAAAAAGCCAUCAAACUCAGUCUGCACAUCCUUAAUUUGUAUAUUUUUUGGGAAUUGUUUUUUCUGUGUUUUGUUUUUGUCUUUUCUGUGCAUUCUGGGUUUACUUUUUUUUUGGUCUUGUUUUACCAAGAGAGACUUAACACUGAAGGAGGAGCCAAAUUUGUGUUUCUGUUCCCGCUUGAAUCCAAAAUGUACAUUUGUACUGGAAAGUGUACCUGGGCUUCUCAGGCUCAGAGGUUUACUAUCAAAGGAAUUAGGUCUACAAUGCAUCUAACCAGGAAGCUGCCUCUUCUGAUUCCAUUUCUGAUUGCCUUUAUUAACUCAUACUUUGAAACGUGGCACGUGGUAGGGAUAGCAUGGUGGGAAAUGGAAGAGGCAUCCAUUGGAAAAGGCUUUGAACAUAUUUUAUUUAUGAGGUAGCCAAGUCUUUUGGCUACAUCCCUACUGUACUUGAGGAAGACAUGGUUUGGUUUUUUGGGGGGGGAGGUGUUAAAUGGCUUUGUAAAUCACUCAAGAUCAGUAUCUAAUUCCUUUAACUAGUAGGCAGCAUUGUAAAUCUGUUUUUAGGAGGAGGGGCAGACCAUUUCACUACUGGUUUACACAAAAUUAUACAUGCCAUUUUUUCCAACAGAAUUUCAAACCGAUUUGGCUUGGAAGGUAAAGGUUAUAAAGACUUAAAAAUAGCUGGGAUCAAGGGGCUGAGUAAAAUAGCACAAGAAUAUCAUGUGUUACUGGGGAUGUUUCUCUGCCAAAAAAAUAUUACACAAUUUAUACGUUGUUCUUGUCUUUAUUGUUGGGUUUUUUUGUGGUUUGGGGUUUUUAUUAAUUUCCCUGGUAACAUUGAGAGAGUUGCCUACAGCUAAUGUGACUGGUGUCCUUUAGGUAGCUGAAACAAUAUCCAGGUGCCACUACUGGCUAUGAACAGUGCUGUGGUUCGAGCAGCUCUUUGCAUCCAAGUGGGGAGGGAGGCUGUUCGAUUGGGAUCCCUUUAAAUUUUAGUGGCAGGAGAAGGAGGUGUAUCUGCACAACAGCUCCUUAUCACAGUGUGCAGGGUCCUCUUCGUAUCUUAAUGUCUUGCCGUAUGACAUAUGUAUAUAUCCAGUUAGCUACAUCUUACUGGAUGUGUAUCUGAGGCAUUAUGGCCCUGUCUCCCAUACUUCUCCCCAUUUUUAAUUGUACUAAUAUGGUAGCAGCCAUAAAAGACUGCUGGAGCUGUUGUGAGAUUAUAAUAGAAGUAUUAUAUUCUUCUGCUGGACAGUAUUAAAUAGAGCAAUACAUAGAGUUAUCUGCUAGAUUGCAGUACUAAUAGUAGUGACUUAGUGACUCGUAUUAAUGUUGUUGUGAUUUAUUUUAACAAUAAUGAUGAGGAAGUGGUUCAUUAUUUUGAAUUAAUGCACUUUAACAAUAAAAGAAACCAAAAUGGAAGCCAAUGCAGAGAACUAAGUGCAUUAUUUAAAGGUGCAGUAUAUAAUUAUCAUUUUCUUGAAGCACAUAUUUAUUAAGAAUUAACUUAUUAUUUAAAAUAUUCUAAAGUUUUGUUUAAAGACAUUCCCUCUAGGUCAUCUCUUUGGGGGGAUGUAAAAGCACAGCUCCCAGAUCUUCUGCAUUGAGCCACUGAAUUCUCUGAUUAUGGUGCGGUGUGAUGUGAGCCCCUACCUAGGGAAAGGAAAGCAGCACACAGAUGGGAGACCCCUGACUACUGUAAAUAUUCUCACCUGCAUCCACCAAAGCUGAGCCGAGAGCACAUCCCAACUGCAGGAGCCCUGGCAGGGUUUGGGGUGGCAGAGCUGUUUCGGGCAGAUGGUUGUGGUGCUGUGUGCCUUGCGCCUUGCAUGAGGCUGGUCCCUGGUGGAUGUGGGCUCACUGCAAGGCUCAGGUUAGUGUGAGGGCUGUGAAAUGCAGGCCAGCUCUGUGACAGAUGUCAGUCUGUUCCACAGUUCUUCUUCCACCUUGCUGGCUUGCUCCUCCAGCUCUGGAUUUUGCAGGGAUUUGAUUUGCUGAGCUCCAUCAGUGCAGGGGAUGACACAGGGUGAGAGUGCCUGUAGUGCUGCCAGGGUUUUCUCAAGCAGCAGCCCAGUGUCCUAUGGCUCAAUUGUGCCUUUUUCACAUCUAAAGGCUUCGUGGCGCCCUGAGGAGAGGCCAGGACUUGUAGGUGGGUUGCAAAGCCACACUUGUGGCCUCCCUCUGCCUCGGAUGGGGCAUAAACAACCUACUUAAUGCUAGAAAUGAAUGUGGGCCACCACCUAGCACACUGGGCUUCUAGCCUGGUAGGAAAGCUUCAGUUUGGGCUUCCCUUUUGGGGUGGCUGUUUUGACUGCUUUUGUUUAAAAGGUCACUUUUAAAGCAAUACCCCCAAUGCAGUUUUUUCCCCUCCCAUUUACCAUUGUCACAGCAUCUCUCACCAAUCUCUUUUUUUUUGUUUUUUGAUUCUUGCAACUGACAAAUACCAGCAAAAGAAUUAUUUUUUCCGUCAGCGAGCAGCUAGUUUUAGUCAGCUCCACUGAUGCCUGAAAUAGCAAGCCCUUUCCACUGUUAGCUGUGAGACGGAGUGAAAGGCCUUAAGCUAAAUCAGAGAAGCUGACUGCAGGGCAGGAAAACCUGGCAGGGUGCCUCAGAGGACAGUGUAGUGCUAGAAGUGGUUUAGUUCUUUUCUAAAAUGUUAAUGUCUCCUUAAGCUUUUUUUACUAAAUUUGUCAGAACUGACACUGGAUCAAGAGCAAUAUUUAAAUGUAACCUACACCUCAGUGAACACUCAAUGCAGAAAUCAACAGUACUGUUUAAAUUUCUCUCUUUUUUUUUUUUUUUUUUUUUUGGUUUAUUCUUGAACCAGAUUGUUAAGAGGAAGAGCUCUGCAGGGCUUGGGCAAAGCCAUUUGCAGCUGAAGGGGGCCCUCCUCCGGGGGGAGAGGCGGCUGCUGUCACUGCGUUGCUCUCACCCGCUGUCCGUGCUUUCCAAAAUGUCUUGAAUUUGGACCAGCAGAAAAUCUGAACUCUAAUGCCAGAGAACAAAAUUUAAGAAUGUGAAAAUUGUGUCUUGCUGUAUACUGCAACUUUAAUGAUAAUGAGCACUUCUGAGUUCGUUAUUGAGGUUUAUAUAAUGCCUGAAAAGUUUAAUUGCUGGUUUCCCUUGUCUCCCCUUUCAGAACACGAGUAAUAAGUUUUUGUCAGCAGCCCUUCCCUGUGGGAGGCAACUCCUGUUAAUUGUUUUAGCUCUCAUGCUUUACAAUGGGUGGGUGUAGUCGUAUGUACCUGUCCUUUGCAAGCCACGCUUCUCAAGAUAAAAGAUAUGAUGGGCGCGUGUCAGAUACCUAACUGAUGUGUCGACAGGAAGCUUUUAAAUCAAUGUGUAUAAUGAUAGCAAAUACACCAUAAUGGAUUGAAAUUGGCUCACGUUUAGACUCUUAGAAAUGGAAUUUCACAUCUGCAUGGGUAUGGCUAAAAAGUGGAUUUUGCCCUUGUGGAUACACAACCCAAAGACUCCUUCUGUUACGAUGCUAUAAAGUUUGACGAAGGCAUUAUAUAAUUGUUUUCAUCACUUUCAGAUCUUAAUGAAUCGUACUUUAUUGUAAUAUAUAUUCAUUGCUUUACUCAGUUAAAAAGAAAGUUACUGCUUUUAUCUUAUAUGAAAAACAAGGGAAUUUGAUAAAGCAUUCAUUAUUUUCAUAUUACUAGUAUUAACAGAAUAGAACUAGUACUAUUUAAUUUUAGAUCUUCAUAGCUAGCUUGUUAAUAACUCAUAUUUUCCUGUGUUGUAUCCUACUAUUUUUUCUAUUUUUUUCCCAAAUACUCUGCAUUCUUGAGAAAAAACAAAUCCAAUGAGUGGAUAAGUGCAAUAUUCAUAGAAUAAACAGGCCCCUCAUCCAGGACUUGGAGUGGAACGUGCAGUGUGAAAUGUUUGCAAUUCUCUAUUCAUGCACUCUUAAGGGAAGGGGAAAUGCAGGGGAGGGGAUGGCUGGAUGAGAAUCUGACCCUUGGGUAGGUAGGGACUGACAGAUAGCUGGGGUGGUUUGGAGCGGGAAUGACUGCUUUCCAGGAAAAAGCAUCACCUGUUAAUGAAAAUACAAGGAUUAUGCAGCAUGCUGCCAGGAUUAUGUGUAGAAUGUGCAUUAACAUCCUUAUCAAUACAGGACUUCUGAGCUAUGCUUGAAACACUCUGUAUGCCAUCCAUGCAUGAUACUGUCUUCUGGUAUGUCUCUGCUGGUUAUGUCCUCUGUUAUGCUUCGGAAUCGAUAGUGACUUCAGAAGGGAAAAUAAUUCUGCUGGUGCGGUCCCAAGUUUUGAUACUGUAUUCUUACUAGUAUUUAUUGCAAGAGCUAUGGGAGUAUUUUUACAGGUCUUUCUUUUCCGUCCCUAUUGUUAACCUAAGACAAAAAGUCCCUGUUUUAUCUGGGUUAGUUCUCACCUGCAGAAUUUCACAGCUGAUUUGGGUAUUGAUUUCAUACUUUGCUUGCAAAGGCUGAUCACUCAGGUCCAAAAUAAAGUUGGGCAGAAACUUUGUUCUUCAAAAGAGGUUUUGUCUUAAAUUCUAUUUGAAUGGAAAGAGAACUUCCAUUUGUAAAAAAUAAUGUGACUUUCCAGGUAGCAGCAAAAUCUACUACCUUUGAAAAACUGGACUGUUUUCAUAAGAUAUGGGAAAAAUGUGAAAGCCAGAGCAUUCGAUUUUCUGAGCUCUGGGAAGUACAUCUCCCAUGGCUCGUGUCCCUGGAGAGGGGAUGUACCUCAGCUUUCUGCUUAAUUUUUGUCCUGCUGUUCUUACGUUUGUCAAAAAGCAUUAAUAUUACCAGAGACCUUUGCAUUCAAAGAGGAAAACUGAAUUCUGCAGCUGUACUGAAAUAGUAUCAAUUAUAUGGCUUUUUAAAACCUCUAAUACUUUACAAAUGAAUUUGAUUUUGAGGAGCUAACUCCAAUUCUUUCACAUGCUCUUGUCUAACCUGGCAAGAAGUCCAUGAGCAUCAGUAGGGUUACACUGACAGAAGACCCGCAGUGGAGCAAAGCGCCUUGCGGGCACUCAGCAUGGAAUGUUCUCAGCAAAAGCAAGCACCGUGAAUUCAGUUUCUACACCUCCAAAGGGUGCACAGGACUGCUAAGCCUCGGUGCUGCCAUGCCAUGAUUCACUUCCCUGCAGGUCUUGCAGCUUUCUGAAACCAACUGGAGCUUUGCUGCUAUUUGCUGGUGGCUUCCUAUCACCGGCAGCUCCUUGUCUGGCAAGUUUAGAUGCUAUUUAGCCACAUUGCAAAGUGGUGCGUAUAAAUGCAGUGUUUGAUAGAUGCCAACAGUACCAGUAGGAUGGUCUGAGAGCAAAUGUUUGUGUAAGUUAUUUUAUUUUCAUUUGCUUGUAGUUGCUUGGUAGAAGCAGGGACCACCAAUGCAGCAAUGCAUGGGGAAUGUGUCUGCACACUUGAACUGUUUGAUGGCCUCUGCUAGCUCUGCCCAGUGCUUGCAUUUCUCCUACUCUCUGUGCUGCUCAGUAGUCAUGUCUCGUGCAUGUGUCUGUAACUUUCAAAUAAAGUACUGUAUGUAGGGCUGGAUCCAGAAGACUCCACAGUCAGUUGACUUUGGAUUGGGAUGUAGGUUGCUGUUGCUGCUUUUCCUCCUCCAUCUUAGACCCACCUUGGAGCAAAGCACAGAUGUUUGUAAAAAGUCACCCAUAACUCUACUUUGGGGUGUCAGUUUUGUGGGGUGUGCAUGCAUUGCCAAGGGUGGAAUGAGGGGAUCUUUUCUUGGGUGCCCCCACAUCAGGGCUAGGGCUCCGCAGUGAUUCCUGGAGUGAAAGCUGUGCUGCACUGCUUGCGGGCCUGACUGGCGUAGGCAGAACAAGUUAGUUUCUCCCAUUUUAUAAUGUCAGGGCUGGGCUGGUCCCAUUAACAAUGUUCUUCAUUUGUUCUCGCAUCAAGGUAGCGUUGAUUCUAGUUGGAGAGUGCAAUUUUUUUGUUUUGUGUUUGUUUUUAAUAAAUAAAUUUGGUUUAAAGCUUCACACUGGCGUUUUUACAGACCUGUUCUUGUCAGCAUAAGCCACUACUGUCCUGAGUUGAGACUCCUGUUUGUUACUGAAUCAAAAUAAUUAUGGGAAUUAUGUUGAUAAUUUGGAAAUAAAUGAGAGGUAACUAUAUUGGCAGGGGAGAGAUAGAUAACAUAUGAGGAAAAAUAUGUUUCUAAUAAGGCCAUAAAUUAUUGGGUCUGACACUGCAGGUGCUUUCUCUGUAUAGAUGGGUUUAAUAUGUCACUGCUCUGUGUUAGGAUUUUUCAUUAGUGAGAAAAGUUGAAGUUUUUCACUCCAUGAUAUACUAUGACAAUCUGUAUCCUGAAGCCAAUGAUCCACCAAAGGAAGAUGAACAUGGGUUACAUGUUUGUUGUAGCUGAGGCAGUUCGUGUGCCUGGGAGUUUGCAUACACUGAGGUUUGGCUGAUGGAGGGGGCAGGGGUGGCUGUUCCAGGUCUGCCUGCGUUGGCCCUCUGUGAAACAACCCUGUGCUAGUGGCACUUCUGGUUUAGUGGUCUUCCCCUGAUGCUCAGGGUUAUUUGGUUACGAUGGUGCCUGUGAAUCUUGGUCCCUGCUUGGUGGAGGAGAAAAACAGGGGAGGGAGAAUCACUUGGCACUGCAGGAGGUUUUUUAAAAUACAACAUUUAAAAUUAAAAUAAAUAUUCAGGCUUCUCCAGAUAUUCCUCUUCAAAGCUGUGUUAGUGAUGCUGUAUUUGAUGUCUGAAAUUUAAGCAACGUGGCAGCUUUCUCUGCACAAACAGUACUUUUGUGGUUUAAGAGCUUGUUCUUGAACUGCUUCUGGGUCACCAGGGAAGUAGUAAUAAAUAAACAAAAUCCCAUCAUCACCCUUGGGGUUUAGGUUAGGGGGAUGUCAAAUUCUGUUCUGACUCUGCAUCCCCUUGAGCAUCCAGAUUCAGUUUGUUUCUGUCCCCUAGGAGCAGGGCAGAACAGUGCAGUCAUUGGAACUUAGCCUGUAACAAUUAGUAAACUGGAAAAAAAGGAAAAGGAAUUAAAAAGAAACCUUUUAAAAAAAUGAAAUAUUUCGGUGAAUAGCUGACUUAACUAUUUCCUGUCUUGGAUUUGGGGGACAGGGGAGUUAUAAUUGUUUCCAGUCUCUAGGAGGAAUUUUUCUGCAGCCUGCUGAAUAGGCUUGCUGAAAAGAGUUGCUCAUUACUCAUGAUGAGUUCAAACCUGGAGUAUUGCAAAAGCAAAGUGUGUGUAGCAUUACAAUGACUUUUUUGUACUGAGGGUCCAAACUGAGUAUUGUGGGGUCAAUAGUGUACAGGGUAAGGGCAUUUCUGCUGUCUGGCUAACCACAUUAUAUCAGUGCUGUUCCUUUAUUGCAGAUUUAAUUGCAGACAGCAGUGCUCGUUACUCUGUCUGCAGUGUUUGGGGAGAAUCAAGCAGAUGAGCCUGCUCAGUUAAGUCCCAAUAUCGGAUUUCAUGUUAGGAGAAGUCUUGCCAGCAGUUUGAUUGAUUGCUGCUUAGGCUAAAGUUCAGAUGCAGAUAACUCAAGGUGGGUGUUGAAAGCAGCUCAGCUGGAUCUUUACAUCUGUAGCUAUUUUCAGAGCUGUUAAUUAGCCCAGAUUGUCUCUGGAACUGGUGGUUAGUCAGAUACAGAGAGCCUAAACCUGCUGUUGAAUGAAGGCUGAAAUCUGUUCAAGCAGUAGUGCUCCCCUCCGUUAACGGAGCAAUUGCAUGUGUCUGGACUGGAAACUCGUACAGGUUUUGCUGUUCCAAAUUUGUAAUUGAUAAAUAAAUGAUCUAGGCCUGGUCUAACUGAGGUUUGGCAGUGGGUUUCCUAGGUGGUUGAUGUUCUUAAUGUGACCUUAAAUAUUAGAUGCUGUUGUCAUUUCUGUGUUGGUGUAGCAGUCCAUUUUCUAGUGGUUAGGUGGUGGGCAUGUACCUGGUGGGAGCUUGAGAGAGUAUGUCGGUGACCAGAGAUAGAGAAAUGUGUGGCUGGUUUUAGUGUGUGUGGUCAAGUUGGUGACAUUUUUUUGUCUUCUUUUUGUUUGGUUGGUUUAUUUUUAACAUGGGAACCAUUCUGUCUGUUCUGUUUGGGGAAAAGUCUAGAAGUUGGUGGGGUUUCUGUGGCGUGUAUAUGAGAAGGAGUAACUGAGAGCUUUCCUUUUUGUUCUUUUUUUUUCUUUUUAAGAAAGUUUAUGGGUGGGAGUCCAUUCGGUUUGGUUUGGGUUGCGAGUUAAGCCAAGAGAGGAAGAAAAUGAGUCUGGGAAAACCCUUUUCUUGUGGUAACAGCUUUGGACCAUGUUUUGUUGUGGCCUCUGAUCCCACUCCGCUGAAGGUAGUGGAGCAAAUUGUUCAUCAUGCAGAUGUUACAGCUUUUGGCAAAGUAUUGAUUCUUCCAGAGCUUCCAGGUAUUUUGAAAUUCAGGGCAUUAGUCCUUAAUAUACCUAUAGCAAAUGUAAGCUAGAAACAGAAAUAGUAACUGCAGCCUCAUGCAUUGUCCAAUGUUUGUUUAAUGAACUUGAUAUGGUGACCAGUUGGAUAAAACUGUUUGUACAGUGAACAACUCCUGCAAGGAUCCAGAUGUGCUUGAGUCUCUGAGAUGCUUUCCUAGAAAAGGAAAUCACAUGCAUGAUGGAAAAUUUUGCCUUUCAGAGUCAUCACAGUAAAACUGAAACCCAGAAAAAUUACUUCUUUUUGCACUUAACAGUAUCUUUUGCUAUUGAUGGUAAGAGUUACUGUUAAUGAGGGGUCAGAUGCUUCAGUCUGAACUGGCACAAAACAGGAAACCUGUUUAUGACCAGUCCCUGAGUCUGCAUGCGAACAUGAUGAAUUUGAUGCAGAGUAGAGUACUAGUUAACAAAGAUGAGUAACUUCUCUGUGGGCCAACACUAAAGAUCAUUGGGGAGAACAGAGCUCUUCUUUUUGCUAAGUGACCCUGUAGAAAUGUCCCUCAGGCUUUAGCACAGAUCAGCUGGGGACCUGUGAUGAUUUAGCUGAUAUGUAUGGUACUGUGAGCCUGAUUCUGUGACUGGGACAAUAGAAGUGCAUCUCUGUCCCAAUGACAGUUAAUGAAAUUAUCAUAGCACAUUGUUUUCGUUUGCUCUGGAUAUGACAGUGCUGAGGGGAAACAGUUGCAUGAAGCAUUAUCUUCCUCCUAAUCCAGACUUACAGACUUUACGUGGCUUUAGUGUCCAGUCCAGAACUGGUUUCAGAGCUGUCCUCAUGGUUAUGUUGCAGGCCAAGUGCAGUAAAUAGGAGGUGGAAUAUCACCAGAUCAACCUGUGUCUGCUCAUGUCAUCGGUGUGGGUGGCUGGUUCAGGGGUUUGCUGCCCCGUGUGGGACAGGAGCUGCACACAGGGGCUGCCCUCUUCACGAUUACUACCGAAUGGCUACACGCCAUGCCCAAGUGCUUGCUUUUAAUCAUGUCUCUGCCUGUAAAGGUUAAAACUCAGCAUGGGUGUCUCAACACAAAAUGAGAAACUCAUAUUGUCUUGGGCAACUGUGCAUGUGAACAUGCAGAGCAAAAAUUGUGCCUAAAAGUAGAUCUCUGCAUUUCUUUUCAGGCAUUUAUUAGAGCUGGUGUUAUCUCAGAAUUGAACAGCAUUUAAUAACAGUUAAUUAAGACUGCUCAAAACUUCUGGAGGAAAAGAUAAAUUGAGUUCUGGUUGCUUUUAGAGGAGGGAGUUGCAAUAAAUGUAAAAUAUUGCAAGGUGCUUUAUGAAUUUCAUUUUUCUCCCAGGAUUGUCACAGAUUCUUGUGACCAUCCUGGCCCACAUUGGUGCUGUGGCACAGCAACUUGGUAGUGAUACCUCUCUGCAUCUGUGAUGGACAUGUGCUUAUGGGAAAAGAUAAGCCUAAAAAGGGCCUGGAGUAAAACUAUGCUCGAUAAAAGAGCUUCUGAUUUGCAUGUUCUAGAUAUGCGGAAAUAACUUGGUUUCAGGCAACUUCAGCUCCUUCCAGGCAUCUGCUAUCACACACCCUGCAGAUGCUGCAGUCAGCUGGGUUUUGGAGGGUGGCAAAUGCUAGUGGAAGGGAGAAUUCAGGAUGCACACUGUCACUGCCCUUACUGUUCUUCAGCCAUGCCCGAAAUCUGCUGGGCCAAAGCAGGAUCAGACCCUUGGCACAGUGUUUGCCGUGUCCCACAGGGCCAAGCUCAGCUUGACAAGUGCUUUGAGUGAUGUUGGCUGGCGCUGUGCACUGCUGCACAGUGAUGAUCCUUUCCUCUCCACAGGACCUGGGGAGGUUGUGAGGGACUGCCAGGGUUUGAGGGCUGUUUCCUCAGAGUUAUUACAAGUUCUUGCAAUGUGAACCUCUAAUGUUUUCAAAGACUCAGGCAGAAAGGACUUGCUAAACAGACUGUACCUGUCAUCUCCCAGUUCAUUGAUUGCUUGGACCAAAGGUGGUGCUAAAUCUGAUCUUUAUCUGUAAUAUUUAUAUUUUGUUGGACUUCUUUUUUUUUUUAAAGUGUUUGAUAAAACAGAUGCAGUGUCCUUCUUACAUGAGAAAUCUAGUGCCCGGCUUGAGAUACAUCAAAACUCAAUGGACCUUCAGGGUCCACAAUUGUUGCUUGUUAACAUUUGAGCAGGCUUGCAGUGUUUUGGGGGGAGGUGGGAAAAGGGUACUCUAUCUUCAAAUGCUUGCAGACUGUAAGAAUUGUGAUUUUUGUUUGUUUGUUGGUAUUUUGUUUACAUUGCCUCUUAUGCCCUAAGGAAAAAUAAAUUUUUGACCUUUUUAA